AUGCGAGGCGCCGACCCACAGGAUGCCUGGGACACAGUGAUGGGCCUCGUCCGCCUGCCCAAAGUAGGUCCUGAUGGGAAUAAGAAGGAAAUCAGCCUGAGCCACGAAAUUUUCCUGCGGCAACUCGAGCCAGAUGUCCGAGGACAGCUAACGUACGCAUACACCCUCCAUGACGACGAACUAUUGGAGAAAGCUAAAAAGCUGACGCUGUCGAGCAAGGCUGCAAGGCUCGCCGCUCCUCGAUCCUCCGUGUGCCUAGCCACAGAGAAGGGAGAAGAAGAAGACGACGACCCAACUCAAGAGAUCGGCGCCGUGACCCAGAGGAAGUCCUCCCACACUCAGCGGGGUGAAACCUCCUGGUGCCACUACCACCGGAGGUUCGGAAGACACUCCAGGAGAUGCGAAAGCCCCUGCACCUUCCAGCAGCCAAUAAAACAGCGACGGCAGAGAAAACCAAAGUCGCCCGUGGCAGCAGCCUCGUCGGAACCACACAGGUUUUAUGUCCGCGACGCGAUCUCCGGCCGAAGGAUGCUGGUGGAUACAGGGGCGAUGCACUCGAUAUUCCCGCCCGUCAGGAAAAGACCGCAGCCGCGGGCCUGA